AUGACGGACGUGAAGGCGUUCCUCUAUGAGAUCUGUAUUCCAGCCAUCGGAGCGCUAUGUUUCCUGGCUGCAGUACUUAAUAUUGCUGUAUUCAUCUCCAGAUUUCAUGUGAAAUCACGCUCGGCAACGUUGGAACUCACCUACUCACUGGCUUUGUCGGACACAUGGACAAGUCUGGUCAUAGCAAUCUCGCUCUGUUGGAAUUCCUACAAGCCUGUUGUUCUACAAAUACCAAAUAACUCCUAUUGCUUCCCUCUUACCUUGGAGAUCGUAAUAUUCUUCAUAUGGGCCGUUCCUCCUUUGGCACUUAUCAUCUACUUUAGUAGUUGGCCAGGACAAGGCUAUAGGAACGAAGCCUGUAUCAACAAGUCAUUCUACGAAAAUUUCUACUUUCGUGCUCAAAUAUCACUAAUUAUAAUUGUCCUAAUGAUCACUACAACUGUACUAUACUGGAAAAUGCUUUCCGAAGUCAGCGAGGUGAGUAAACUUGUUAGAUGCCGAAUUCAGAACGUCCUUCGAAAAAUUUUUAAGGUUGUACCGCAAAACCCUAAAUUUCCCUUGACCAUCCUCUUUAGCUGUCAGAACCGGACACUGGUACAGGCUUACAGUAUCUGCCCUUCUUUGCCUUUUCAUCUAGUAGGACCUUACUAUUUUUGUCCAUCUAGUAGGACUUUACUAUUUUUACACUAG